UCUCCAGAAGUCCGCGCAAGCCAAUGGAAAAGCGCGUGACAGAGUUUGGGCAGAGGGGGUUUGUCUCACCUGCUCGAAAUCACUUCAAGAGGCGCAUGAGCAGGACAUUUUCAGCUUGCGACAAUUAAUAUGCACGUAUCGGACAGUUAACACUUCACUUUAGAUAUCAGUGAUGCUCUCGAGUCUGGGCCGUGCGCCUUUCUGAGAAAUAGCAACACACCAGAACAAGCGCCGUCAGUUUUCUUCACGUCAACUUGGCAACUGAUAACUCCAAGAAGGAUUUAAGCGCGUUUUUACUGCCGAACUGAUUUUUUUAGGAAUCAUCAUGGAACUGAAAUGAGCCAGACGCAAUGCAAGUAAGUGUGGGAUAAUGUUGAUUGAAUCGUCUCCUGCAGUCGUGAUGGAAUCACUGUGAUUUCUGAUAUCGCUAUUUUUGGACAUCAAAUGGCAGCAGUAUAAACUGCAUGGGUUCUGAGAGCUUGGAGGAAGAAUAUUUGUUUAACAAUACGAUUUUAUUCGUUGGGGAAUACGCAAUCUUGCGUUGAAGUUUUAGGAAUAAAUCACUGCUACCUUCGAGGCUGUGCGUAACACACAGAACCGCGACAAUGGAGCACACGGGAAUCGAAGAGGUGAACCAGACCCACCAGCAGCACGAACCCAUCAGUUUUGGAAUAGAUCAGAUUCUGAAUGGCUCGGAUCAGCCGAGCAGCUGCAUGUUACCGAGCCGAACCGGUGACUCGGACUACUCGCUCGCACAUAACGUCUACAACGGCUACAACAGCGUGUACAAUCCGGCCUGCUCGAUGGCGGCGGGUCUGGCUGGUUCCUACAACGUCAACAUGAACAUGAAUGUGAGCAUGAACAUGAACGUUAACGUGAACUCAGGGAAUGCAGGCGGUGUCAUCCGAGUCCCGGCACACAGACCCAUGCCACCCGCUCCUCACCCGCCUAACCCUGCCCAUCCACCGGGUAUCGCGGCGGGGAUACCCACCGUGCCCACAGUGCACAGCAUGGGCAGUCCCGCCAGCUUCACGUUCCCCUGGAUGGACAGCAGCAGAAGAUUUGCGAAGGAUCGGUUGACCGCUGCCCUUUCACCGUUCUCCGUGACUCGACGAAUCGGCCAUCCGUACCAGAACCGAACACCGCCGAAACGGAAAAAGCCCCGCACGUCGUUCAGCCGCGUGCAGAUCUGUGAGCUGGAGAAACGGUUCCACCGGCAGAAAUAUCUGGCGUCAGCGGAGCGCGCAACGCUCGCCAAAGCCCUGAAAAUGACAGACGCUCAGGUCAAAACCUGGUUUCAGAACAGAAGAACAAAAUGGAGGAGGCAGACCGCUGAGGAGAGAGAGGCUGAGCGACAGCAAGCCAACCGUCUGAUGUUGCAGCUACAACAGGAGGCUUUUCAGAAGACUCUGAGUCAACCGCUUCAGCAAGACCCUCUCUGCCUACACAACUCCUCGCUUUAUGCCCUGCAGAACUUACAACCCUGGGCAGAGGACAACAAGCUACCCAUCUAAGAGAGGGAGGGGCUAUGUCCUUUCCAACCCAAAACCGCAAAGCUGUCUGAUGAAUUUCACCCAUCAAGAUGGCUGUUUGUCUACGUGCCAUUUGGCAUCAUGGAUACUGACUCAACCCCAGACUCGUUCAUUCUUGUUCCUUUUAUUGGUGUUUUCUUUUUUUUUUUUUUUUUUGUAAGAUGUGUUUGUGAUGCAUGUUCUCUACAUUUCCUGUACGAAGAGACAAACUAAAAACAGUUUGUUCCAUCACGCUGGAGUCCCUCCUAAAAUGAACUUUGGAAGCAAUUAAGGAGGCAUUCUUUCUGGAUUCUUCAUAACGUGACGUUUAAAGGCAUUUUAUAAUAAAAUGAAU